CACCAGAUAAGUCAUAAACUAUAAACAAGGGUUUCAAAAUCUUCAUUUUUACAUGAAAAAUUCUGUACAGCUGGAACUUUAUAAAUUGUGUUAAAGUUGGAGCUAUAUCUAUAAAGGAAUGAUGCUAUUUGUGACUAUAAAAUUGUGAAAUUUUUUGGGAAACAGAUUUAGAAAAAAUGUUCUUUUGUAAACAAUACCAAACAAGUCAAUUGACGAAUCUUUUAUUAUUUUUCAGUCAAAACAAAAACAUUUACUCAUAAUAAUUAUAAUCUUGUUUAAUACAAUAUUCGACAUGUUAUCAAUAAGAAAUGAGGACAAUAAAUCAAAUAUAGAUUAUUCCGACUACAGUAGGUACAUACUUAGCAUUAAAUGUCUAGCUAACAUUGAGUAGUUGGCGGCCGCAGUGAACAUUCUAAUUAUUUGUCAUUAUGGAGCAAGUCUCAAAUAGUGUAAAGCCAACUUAUAGCUCUUUAAGAAGAAGUCUUCCUCAAAUUAUAGCUGUGUGUAUAAAGAAUUGCCUCUUAUUCGUCCACGGGAUGAGUUUGGGGUUUCCAACUAUUUUAAUUCCAGGUGUUUCUGGACGUGAUCUAUCAGAACGCGUUUUAUUGAACGAAGAAGAAAUAUCGUGGAUAAGUUCUUUGAAUCUAAUUUGCAUUCCUUUGGGAUGUCUGGUGUCGGGGUCAGUUACUCAAGCCGUUGGUAGAAAACGAGCGAUGCAGUUUAUCAAUAUUCCUUUCAUUACAGCAUGGAUUAUUUUAACUUUUUCUACCACCGUAUGGCAGAUAUUUUUAGCUCUUUGUAUAUUAGGAUUUAGUGGAGGUUUAAUGGAAGCUCCGGUAUUGACUUACGUGGCUGAAAUAACCCAGCCACAUUUACGAGGCAUCCUAUCCUCCACCAGUACAAUGUCAGUAACAUUAGGAAUGUUGAGUCAAUUUAUACUAGGAACAUGUACUAGUUGGCGUACCGUGACGCUAAUCAAUUGCAUAGUACCGAUUUUAUCUUUUAUUUCACUAACUUUCGUACCGGAAACUCCGGUAUGGCUUUUGUCUAAAAACAGAUCAGAAGAAGCGAAAAGAAGUAUCGUUUGGUUGAGAGGGUGGACCUCCGUAGACGACAUCCAAGACGAAUUCCAAGAACUCAGUAAACAAAUCCAUUUGAAUCAAGAUAAUGUGAACAGCAGAAUCGAAAAAUUGAGUGUAUUUACGAAAAGGAUUUUCCUAUAUCCUUGUCUACUUAUUUCUUUCGUUUUCGUGUUGAAUACUUUCAACGGUUACGGUCCUUUUCAAGUUUACGCUAUCAAAAUUUUCGACGCGAUGCAAGUUUCUUUGGAUUCUUAUCGUUCGACGAUUAUUGUCGGUGCUAUGCAACUUGUCGGUGCCGUGGUUUGUGUUACGUCUAUCAGUUUCCUUGGGAAACGGAAACUCAAUUUUUUCUCUUUGUUUUUAUCGGGAAUUUGUUGUUUUUCCGUCGCCACUUACGCUUAUUUUAAUAAUAUCAAUUAUUUCGAUGAAACCAACACUUCGGAAGUUAAUCCCUAUAAUUGGAUACCGACUCUAUUUCUCAUAUUAUUCGGUUUUUUUUCUUAUCUAGGAAUAAGAGUUUUGCCUUUUAUUCUUAUCGGGGAAAUAUUCGCGGUGGAAAUUCGAGCGUUUUCCUCCGGAUUUUCCGCUGGUUUGGGAUACGUUGUUGGAUUCGUAGCCAAUAAAACUUUUUUAACCAUGGUUGGUACGUUCGGUUUACCGGCUGUUUUUUGGUUUUAUUCUGCAGUAGGGAUUUUGGGUACGUUGGGAUUGUAUUUCGCACUUCCGGAAACCGAAGGGAAAAGUUUGUAUGAAAUUAGCGAACAUUUCGCCGGUAGAUCUCGACUUAGGAAUAGCGUUAGAAGGAAAAGUGAAAAAUCUUCACGAAUCGAAGAUGGAAUUCAUAAUAUAGCUUUUGAAACGGACGAUAAAGUCGAAAGUAGGUUAUGAGGAAAGUUUUUUUUUUAAAUUUGAUGUAAAUAACCGUCGAAUUGUGUAAAUACAUUUUUUUAAUGUUCCUUUACUUAUUUCUCUCCCUAUAUCUCUUUUUUUCAUUUUAUUCAACCAUGGGACACUUAUAAAGGUCUUAAGUUGAUCCCCGAAAAAGUGAAUUAAAUCACCCCUCUAUUAUGGAUAAUUUUAUGUAAAAAUUUAUUUAUUUUCUUAAUAAAUGUUUUUUAAAAAUAA